GUAACUCUUCAGUGUAAUUGUGGGAAGAAAAUAAUAAUGAAAAGCUGUGCUUUUUAUAUGGUAGUGUCAGUUUCAGGACCUGACAAAUUUGGCUGUUGCCUGCGAAGUACAGUAAGUCUGUGUGUGAAAGGAGGAGAGGCAGAGAGAGUUGGGGGCUAGAAGGUGGACUGUGCAUGUAUUUAUGUGAGAGAUUGGAACUGGCAAAGAGGACACCGGCCGUACAUGUUGCCCCAUCUUGCUUUAAAAAUACCCUCAGGUGCAAGGCCCCAAAUGCAGACUUAAUGAAUCUGAAAAGAAUAUUUGGCAGGGAGUUCAUUUUGGAUUCAUGUCUGUCCAGCAUUCCCGCUAGAAUUUGACUAAUUAGAACUGUUUAAAAAGGAAGUGAAAUCCCAGUGUAACAGAACUACAACAGCCAAGCCUGAAAUUACAAUUAACCCAACCCAAUUACUAACCCAAUUAAAUUUUGGAUUUAGUAAUGAAGCUGAGAUUCCUCAUUCUCAGAGAAAUCUAAAGAUGCCAAAUGCAUUUUUGUUUAAUUUUUGAAUGUUUUUGUUUAGCACACAGUGGCUUUUCCAAUUAAAUUAGCCACAUAUAUUCAGCUUUCAAUCCCCCACCCCAAAUGUUACAUACAGGAAUACAUUGGUCAGUCAAUUGGUAUUAAAUGGCCUGGCAACAUAAUAUUAUAGUACAGCUUGCCAGGAAGCUAAUCAGGAGAAUGCAAUCAAGGACACAUUUUCAAGGGGCCCCAGGUAAGAAUUUGAAGACUUUUGUCUGUGUACUGGAAAGGAAAACAUUUUGCUGCUUAAGAUCUAUGUGCUGUCUAAUUAUUAAAGUAUAAACUAGUAUUUGGGAAUAUUGUCAUACGUUUUGAAAAGCAUUAGUGCUCAUCUCGAAGGAAUUAGAUCAUGACACACACAAAAUCCCUAAAGUGCUGACUUCAGCACUGUACCCUGAGCAAGCAAUGCUUUUAGCAGUUCUGCAAAUUACCACAGUUAGAUAAUAAAGAAAUGGUACUGUCCUCACCUGGUCUGACGUGACCUCCCCUUUCCUUUUUUCGGAGUGGACUGGUCCAUUGAUUGCUAGCCUGAACUGAAAAGCCUGCAAAAUCUUUCUUUUGUCUGCCGUGUGUAGUGCCUGGGAAACAGACUAUUCUGUUGCAAUUUUGGAAAAAGAGGAGGCUGCGUUUUGGGCAGGUGACAAGCAUUACCAUCCAAGCUGUGCACGAUGCAGCAGAUGCAACCAAAUGUUCACAGAAGGAGAAGAAAUGUACCUGCAAGGCUCUACGGUUUGGCAUCCCGACUGUAAGCAGUCCACAAAGGGAGAAGAGAAGCUACAGCGUUCUUCAUCUGAUUUCUUUUAUCCAAAGAGUUUGGUUCUUCGCAGGCCACGAUCCUCAGAGCCUACAAGAACGUCCUCGGAAAGUAUUUAUUCUAGACCUGGAUCCAGUAUACCUGGCUCACCAGGGCAUUCAAUCUAUGCAAAAGUAGACAAUGAGAUCCUUGAUUAUAAGGAUUUAGCAGCCAUUCCCAAAGUCAAGGCCAUUUAUGAUAUUGAGCGUCCAGACCUAAUUACUUACGAGCCCUUCUACACUUCUGCCUACGAGGAGAGACAGGAGAGGCAGAGUCUUGGAGAGUCUCCAAGGACACUCUCUCCAACUCCUUCAGCAGAAGGUUAUCAAGAUAUUCGGGAUCGGAUGAUACACCGGUCUACCAGCCAGGGCUCCAUUGGUUCUCCUGUGUACAGUCGUCACAGCUACACACCCACCAUGUCACGUUCACCACAGCAUUUUCACAGACCUGAUGCAGCUUCAUUCUACAUAGGCAAUGAGCCGUCCAGCGGUCGGAACUCCCCUGCCCCUUACCGGCCAGACAGCCGCCCUCUAACACCAACUUACGCUCAGGCCCCUAAACAUUUCCAUGUUCCAGAUCAAGGCAUCAAUAUUUAUAGGAAACCACCUAUCUACAAACAGCAUGAUGCAGCUGCUCUGGCAGCCCAGAACAAGCCUACCGAUGAUAUCAUCAAGUCUUCCAAGUUCCCAGCAGCCCACGCUCCAGCACCCAACGAGAUUCCAAAGAUUGAGACAGAAUACUGGCCAGGUCCUCCCUCACUUGCGGCUGUAGUAGACAUGCGACGCAGGUCCACUGGCAGAGAUGAAGACCUAGAGGAGCUUCAGAAGCGUCGGCAGUUACAAGAGGAACAACUGAUGAAGCUCAACUCGGGUCUGGGACAGUUGAUAUUAAAAGAAGAGAUGGAAAAAGAAAGGUCAUCCAUUUCCAGUAGCCGUUAUGACUCUCCAGUUAAUUCAUCUUCACAUACUGCUGCCUCUAAAACCUCUUCCCUUCCUGGCUAUGGAAGAAACGGACUCCAUAGGCCAGUGUCUACAGACUUUGGUCAGUACAACAGCUAUGGGGAUGUGAGCAGUGCUGCUCGAGAUUUCCAGUCCUUCCCAGAUGGUCAUGUCCCUGGAAUGCGAAUGGACCGAGGAGUGUCUAUGCCUAACAUGUUGGAACCAAAGAUAUUCCCAUAUGAAAUGCUCAUGGUGACCAACAGAGGGCGAAGUAAAAUUCUAAGAGAGGUGGAUAGAACCAGGCUGGAGCGUCACUUAGCACCUGAGGUUUUUCAAGACAUAUUUGGCAUGACGAUACAAGAAUUUGAUAAGUUACCUCUCUGGAGGCGCAAUGACAUGAAGAAGAAAGCGAAACUCUUCUGAAUCGUUCUGUCCCUUCAAAGGGGUGGGGGGGAAACUGCAUAUAGGAUAAUGUAUUAUACUUAAGUGCAAACAUUUUUUGGAGAGCAAACAGGGACGGGGGGAUCUGAGAAAGGCACCUAUGAAAGCCUUGUGAUGGUGCAAGGACCGGUAAAGCUUGCCAGGGAGUCAUGGCACAAAAGUGUCCAUGUUCAAAAUCUCAACAGUGGUUUUCAUUGUAACAUUUUUACAUGACACGUAUACAUAGUGCAAAACUGCUCUGCCUUCUGUUUCCCCCUCACUUAUUGUCAGGGGGAUGAUAUGGAUAGAGCCAGGAAGUGCCCAUAGGAUGCCAAGCCACAAUUAUGUAGCCAUGGUCUCUCCAAGGAAUGAACGAACAUCUUCUGCCAUUAAGGAAGGAAUCUGGUGUAAUAUAUUUAUCAUGUGGGCACAGCCACUGCAAUUAAUUGGCUUUACCCGUCGACAAAGCAGGCUGCCAAAGCAGCUCUCCUUUGCUCUGCUGCAUAUCAGCCAAAUUCUUUGAAUGCAGAUUCACGGCUUGCAGUUGCACAUGUCUACCAGUGAAUUGCUGUGUUUUUGUUGUCAAGUCUUCCCUCCUCCAUUUCCCCAUCCCUUGCUUAAUUAAUGCAGCUAUUGCUUUAACCCAGACCAGCAAGAAAAAUAAAGCAAGACAGGGGUUGGUUUUCUAGUUCUGUAGCAGACACGAAGAACUUCAGGCGUAAGGGCCAAAUCCAACCCUCCCAAAAUCCCCAGAUGGUCACACUCCUUUCCCCAACCACCAAUCUUUCAGUGGUAUCUCAGCUUUUGUGAAGUUUCCCCAUUCUAAAAGGUUGAAACACCUCUCCUAAGACUGACUUUACUGGCAAUAGAUCCCUAAAGUACAACAUGUUGGUUGUGUGUGUGUUUGGGCCCAUCUCUCCCACCUUUGGCCUUCCCCCUUUUCCUUCAGUCCCAGGCACCACUAGUGCUUUUCUGAAAUGACAUUCAGCCCUUGGCUGAAGGAGGUUCCUCAACCCUCUUCGAUAGUGACACAAGUGCUUCAGCAGUGAUUCCCAGUGUAAGCCAAGGUGAAACAUGAGCUUAGGUCUAAUUCAGAUGCCACCUUUGCCCUGUGGGAGCCCCAGUGGCAUGGUCUCGCCACAGACUGCUCUGGUAAAGUUGGUCAAGGGGAUCUUCUGUGGACCAGUGCAAUUCUGUCCACAAUCAAAACAGCAUCUGUUGGAACAGACAGAUGCUGUUGGCAACUGGCUUACUGUACUGCUGAACUCUGGAACUUGCAUGAAAAGACGAUGAUUUAAACUGUUUUACAAAGAAGAUGUUACAUGACCCGGCACCUCUCCUGCCAGAUUCUGCUGCUGAAAACUAGCAGAUUAAACCACUUUCUUGUAUGCACUGAUGGCACUGCACAAUAUAUCAAGUUAAGCAAUGUUUGAUUUAGUUUUAUUCAUAUCACUCUAGGCUCAUUCAGUGUAAAAGAGAGCAUAGUUGUACAUUCUUUUAAUAAUCCAAAGCCUGCCACCUAGGUUAUUUUGUUAAUUUAUCCUCAGUACCUGGAAGGAAUAACUUCUAGAACAGUGUCUUAACUAGAUGAGGCUGUCUGGACUACAUGCAAUGUUCUCCCACGGAAUAUUGUGAGAGGUGGCCUCCAUCUAGCAGAAAUACCUGGAAGAUUGCACAGAUUUUGUUCAGUCAGGUUCAGUUAAGAACACACAACUAUUUUGACAGAAUCUGCAGCUGUUCCCCACCAACAGUAGGCUGCCCUAAUAAGUCCACCUUUUACUAUGGGUGCCGGAUGCUGCCAUUGAAGGUUUUAUUUUUGUUUCCAAUGGCCCGUGCAGAUUUCGCACUCACGCUUCGCUUGUACCACUAUCCAAUCAUGGCUAUUCAGGUCGAAGCCCCACUGAAUUCCAUAGGACUUACUCCCAAGGAAGUGUGCAUAGGAUGGCAGCCUUAGUGACUAUAAGUCUUGUGAGGAAUUGGUCUUUUAGCGUUUUCUGCUCUUACAAAUAGUUAAUGAUAAAGCGACUUCAUAAGCUGUUUAUCUGAGCCCAUAGCAGAUGGUGAAACUACUCUUGGGUGAGCACUUUCACUCUCGAGUAAUUCUACUGUUCAUAUCCUGCUAAGUGGUAAAGAGAAUCUUACCCAGACCAGGCACUGAUGCAUGGGAGACUGUGGUGGAGUGCACAUUAAAGUCUCUGCAGCAGUCUUCCCUAACCUCCCGACAUCUUGGACCAGACUCCCAUCACUGCCAGCCAGUGCAGCCAAGAUCAUCUUUUUCCCUUGGCAGUAUGCUUCAAGAGCUGGUGUAGCCAUGCUGGUUGGAGUUUGGGGAGUUGUUGUCCAAUACAUCUGAAACGUGCCAAAUUGGAGAAGGCUGCUGCAUGGGUUCUCUGUCAUGACCUGCCAAGGGAUGAGGCCAAUGUUACCAUAUUCCCACUCUCGGAUUUUGGAAGGUGAAGGAGCAGUGACACUCUCUUCCCCACUUGGCAGGAUCAUAUUGAUCACCGGCUUAUAAAGUGAUUACAUGGCAAGUUAUCACUGGGAUAUUGGCCAUCCAUAUUCAUCUUAUAGUUGCAUCUGAUAUUAUAUCUGGAAGGCAGUCAAUAUGCAACAGAGCAAGAAAGGACCCAGUUCAACAAGGGAGAAUGUUGACCUAGACUUCUCCAUUCUCAUGUGCUCCACUGUCACUUAAAAUAGUUUGAACCAGUAUUAGGAGCCAUAAAGAGACUUCCAAACUACAAGGCAUAUUUAUGUUCAGCUCUGAUAAGUCAUACAGCAUCAUCAUUUAGUGUUGACUUGUUUUUCAAAUUAACUGCCAUUUACAACAGGCCAAUAAACAAUUAACAUGCCAACCUGAAUUAAUGGCUUAGAAUGGGCCAUGCUGCUAACUGGAGAAAUUGGAAAUUUGUCCCAUGACCAUACACUGGACUGGGAGCCAAUCAACUGCAAAGGAAUAGAUGGGCAGCCUUCUUCCUGUGCAUGCUAUUGCUACUACCACCCCACCAACUUGCCCUCUGUGGCUGGGCACCCUUUCUACUUGCGUUUGCUUGGUGCUACUGCUUUUAUGCUAUGAGCUAUGGGCAGACAUUUCAGUCUGACCCACAAAAAGGGGCGGGGGUAGCAUAUGCUGAUUAUAAUGCAACAAAUUAGCCAACUUGCAGCCUCACCAGCUAGUCAACCUGUGUGUGCAUUCCCUCUUCCGUUUUCUUUCAGGAUAUGUUUCUAUCUUGAAACAGUAGGGAGGGUUGCUUUUUGAAGGCAUGGCAUCUGUUCCCUGUGGUGUCCCAAACUUUUACCACUCUUCCUUCAGCUGAGCAAUUAGAUGCUACAGUGUGUGGAUGAACUACUUUUUGCGUUAUGACUUCUGGAAAACAUCCCACAUGGCGCCUCUAACCAUGUGGGGAGAUUAUCCUCUGUAGGUACCAACCACAUGGAAUAUCAAGUCCUACCGCAACUUUCCAUUCCUCCAUAUCAUUCUUGACUUAGUUCUUCUCAUCUUUACUUAUACCAUCUCAGUUCCCACAGAGACCAAACCAGGAUUCACCCAACUUUUUAAAUUCUAGAAAGUAGGAAUGGUCCUUGUAAUGAGAAGUCCUGUGGCAUUCCUGAGAAAUAGAAAUAACUAGUUAGGAAGUUUUUUGUAUGUACUGCAAAAGUACAUUGGCAUCUUCCAUACUCUGAAUGAAACACUCCAUAUGUCAGGAAAGACAGAUAAAGAUAAAUCCUUUUCCUUAUCAAAGACACACAAUAAUCUUAUGUUCCCAUAGCUACCAGUAGCAACCAGUUCCUGAGAUGUAGUUCUGGCAAGCAGAACUGUUCAGACAUGGUCUGAAGACUCCAGUGGUGCUUCUAAACUGACAGUUCCUGGCUCUUUCAUUGUAAGCUACAUGUGAGAUUGCAACUGACUUUCCACACUUUGGGGAGAAGCAGGUAUGUGUGUUAUGGUGAACAUCCAAAUAUCAAAUUGUAAAACCAACACACUGUAAAAUGUAUCUGGUAAGAAAAGUGCUAGAUAAGAUGAAAUAAAUGAGUAGUGCUAAGUUAUCACUAGCAGAGAAUGCCACCUGGGGCUGGUCCAAGAGAUUUUGUCGCCGGAGGCAAAAGACAAGACAGCAUCCUUCCCAUUCCAGCUAGAAAAACUGAUGGGCUAGAUGUUGAAUCUUGCUUCAACACAGGGAAUGAGAGAGCAUUCACCACACCCAAAACUAGGUUAGAGAGCACAGGGCAAGCCAUGUGGUCUCCAGAGCUCUCCUCCAAAAAUCUACUGUUGCCUUCCAGCAUCUACUGCCUGAGGAGACUGCCUAAUGAUAGUGCUGGACCUGCUCUCCUUUCUUCUCCCUGUUGCCCUCCACCACCAGUCCCUGCACAUGACAAAAUUGGGGAAGAGUAAUGCUUGGCAGCUUUCCUUAACCUUGUGCCCUGCACAUAUGUUGGACUACAGCUCUUAUAAUUCCCAACCAGCCUGCUAGGUUGAGGAAGGCUGUGUUUAGAUGGUCUACAGGCAUGGAGACUACUGCUGUUCCCUUUAGCAUCAACAAAAUGGUUUUGUGUGGUUUAAAGCAAAGAUAGAAGAACCAGAGUGAAAACAUGUGAUGAUAAUGAUUUUAUAUCUCUGCCAUGUAGUUGCCCCAUCAAAAGUGAGUGAAGAGAACAUGGCUGUUCCAGAGUAAAUGCUAAUGUGUGGAAGCAACCCCAGAAUGCAGACAAUCACUAUGAGAGAAUUGAUUAGAUUUGCAGCAUUGUCCUUAAGCAUUUUUAUUGUACAAGUCCUGCACUCUGUUUUAUUGGAAUAAAUGUUAUGAGACCAUCUGUUAGAAAUGAGAACUCUUCAGCCUCCCCUGGUGAGAGACUCUUAAUGGUGCUCAACUAAGGAAUCGUUUGCUUGCCCUUCUCUUUCAAUUUCUGCUUUUCAAUCCAAAAUGCUGCUUGUUUAGCAGAAGGGUUGAAUAUUUGCUUAACUUUUUUCUGAAUGUUCCAAGACUGCCAUCUUCUUCCUGAUAAGAAAGUCUGUUGGGAGAGCAGGAAUCAACAGGUGCUGCUUUUGCUGGCAUGGAGAUACCAUGAGGGGUAAAGUAGCAGCAAUUGAAUUUCUGCCUAAAAUGCAGCUGUUAAUAGCACAGAAUUUCUGCUGGGGAAAAGAGUGACAACUCUAGAAAGGCCUUUCUUUAAUCCCUCCCUUUUAAAGGUGGCCAGAUAAGCAAAGCUUAACCACCAACACCAAGUCAAGAAAUACUAAAAUCUUUCAAGUAGUUUUGUAAAUUCCUUCAUCUUGCAAAAUAUUUUCUAAUAGAGAGGACCGGUUGCAUUUAUUAUUGCAUCCUUAUGAUGUUCAUCCAUGUGUGAAAAUGAUAACCCUGCAUGAGUCUAAUCAUUAUUUUCCAGUGGCUUCUAUCCAAACCCAUUAACAUCAGUAGGGGUUUUGGUAAUUAACAUCAGCAAGCUGUGGAAUGUAGUGGUGUGAAUCCAUGGCAAAUUUUUUUUGUUUUUAAAAGGUACAGAGUCUGUACCUAAAUCUGUUUCUUCAAAGGUAAUUGAUCUUAAUUUGCAUACUCUUUUUUUUAAACUAAUCCACAAUCAGUGACUCUAAUGCACAGUCAAGCUUCAUGUAAAUCCCAUGGAAUUUGGGGCAAAGCACUUCAACAUCAGGCUGUUUCCUAGCCAGCAAAAUCAGAGCAGAGCCUAUAACAAGUGCUGUUUAUUCCCAUGGGAGCGCUUGUUUGUGCAAAGUUGGAUCCACUGCCAACAUCCCUUGCAGCGAGGGAACUUUACUGCUGUUUUGUAGGAAGAUUGCUUUAAUGAACUGUAUUUUUCUUCUGUUUAUUGGGUUUUAACAAUGCGGUUUUCAAUUACAUGUUUCUUCCCUGUUCAACCCAUUCCCCAAAAUGAGAGAAAGUAACUUUUGUCAGAAUUUUCUCCUUUUUUGUCCCCCCCCCCUUUUUUAUCAUGGGACACCUCUGAUUUGGAACUUCUCUUUUAAAAACAAUACACCAAUGCCUGUCUAUACAGUUAAAUCUGCUUCUUGCAAAAUGAAACAUUGGCCAUCAUUGCUCUUCAUCUCUUCUAUAAAGAUACAGUCAUCACCCCACCACACCAAUGCCACUAUAAUCUACAUCACUGUUGUACUCAAACCAAGUAAAAUGAAUAAAGUUUUGAACUUUAUUCUUACCUUG